UUUAAAAUAAUGUACAGAAAAGAAGAAAAAGAGCAGGAGAGGAGCGAGAGCAAGGCGGCGGCAGCACCCACUUUCAGCUUUUCAAAAUUUGAAAAACCCUCAAAUGGCAACAACCUUCCUUCCUUCCAUGUAUAAGCGCGCUCUAAUAAGAAAGUAGACAUACAUCUUCUUUUUUCUUUUUUUUUGGAAAUACCUCCCUCUCCCUGCUCUAUCAAGUAUCAACAAAGGAAAAAAAAGAGCUCUCUCAGCUCUCUCUCUCUCGUCCUAUAGGCAGUAUCUUCUUCUCUUUCAAAUCCCGUCAUUCAAAAAUGGAAUCUCUCCCCGAUGCGCUUGUUCAAUGCAUUUUCUCGCACAUGAACAAUGCCAAGGAUGUGGCCAUCUGUAAUUGUGUCUCGAAGCGAUGGAAAGAGUCUUUGCCUUUUAUCAAAAGCCUCUUCUUCCCCAGGAACUCUUUUGAUAACCACGAUGGCAGAGACCAUCCGGAUACCAUUGUAUGCAAGAUGAUAUCAUCGAUUGUUAAAUUAGAAGAGCUUGUCGUGUACAGCCCAUUUUCGAGCGCAGGCCUAGCCUCGUGGCUACAGCUUGUGAGCUCAUCGCUCAAACAUCUUGAGCUUAGAUUGGACAAUCUCGCUGAAUACCAGAGCUGCAUCGAGAGCCCAUCGAAACUGGAUUGCAUUAGCGCUGCAAAGAAUUUGGAGUCUUUAAAGCUUUGGGGCGUCCUGAUGGUAAAAUCUCCCAAGUGGGAUGCCUUUCCAAAACUUCAAAGCCUUGAAAUUGUUGGUGCUAGAUUGGAAGAUCCCGCUUUGACUGCUGCCCUUCAGGCAUGUCCGAAUUUGAAAAACUUGUUGCUCCUUGGGUGUGAAGGGGUUAGAUCAGUUUCGCUUGAGUUGCUGAAUUUGGAGCAAUGUAAGCUGGACUUUUAUGGUGGGGGUAAUUAUUCACUUACCUUGACCUCCCCUAAAAUCGAAUUCCUCGAGGUUCAAGGUUGUAGUUGGAUCAGUGUUCGUGAGACCACUCGCUUGAAGAAUCUUUCAAUUUCAAAUAAUGCUGGGAGAGUAUACAUGGUAGAUUUUGGAAAACUGGCGGCUCUGGAGUUCCUGUCUAUCAGGGGAGUCCAAUGGUGUUGGAAUGCAAUAAGUAAAAUGCUUCAUUUGGCAAGCGAGGUGAAGCAUCUAUACAUGAAGGUUGAAUUUACCGGGGACUUUGAUAACCUGCAACCCUUUCCGGAGAUUGACUUCGUUGAUUUUUUUAAUAGCCAUCCUAAGCUGCAAAAAUUCGAUAUCCAUGGAGCCAUGUUUGCUGCUCUCUGUCAAAAGAACAGCCUGAAAAAUGUGCAAUCUGGGUUUGUGAUUCCUUGUCUAGAGGAGGUGGUGAUAACAGUCAGAUCGCCAUUAAACGCGGAGCAGAAGAUAAGCACCCUCGAGUCGCUCUUGAAGUAUGGAAAGGCUAUGAAAUCAAUGGCAAUAAGGAUUCUUCGGAUGAGGAGCAGCCAUAGCAGUGCAGAUGAUUUCUUCGACGAGAUUUGCAGGUUUCAGCGCAUGAAUCAUAAAAUUGUUCGAAUAGAAUAGAGACUCUUGGUCGAGUCACUCUCUUUUUUAUGCUGCUGAUUAGAUCCACACUGUCCCUUUGGUUCACUAAAACUUUAAUCAUUCUUCAACUAUUUGAUUCACAAAUUCUCCAAUUUUUAACUUGAAUAUUGACAAAUUGUUGUAUUUCAUAACUUUUUUCUUCGAAGUAAGCACGUUGAUUUUGCA